GUCUUAAUCUGCAUGCAACCAGCUGCAAUACAACAUGAUUUGGCUUCAUGUGUUGUUUCCACAGAUGUUAACUUUAUCACUGCAUCUAAUUUGAAGAUACACAGCAGCAGACCGUGGCUGAGUGAGAUUCCACACUCCUUGGGGAAGGGGAGGCGAAUAAAUCAACUGCCUCACAGCGACUGCUUGAUCUGCAAACUGGUUUUUCCCUAUUCGCUGGAAGAAGCAAACAGGUGGAAAAUGAGGAUCAUGCUGGUUCUCUGCAUUGUAUUUUUGCUCUUCUGUGUUAACCGUGCAGAAGCUCAGUUUCCUCGUGCAUGCUGCACAGUAGAGGGUAUCCAGUCCAAGCAGUGCUGCCCUGUUCUGGGCUCAGAUCCUGCCAAUGUCUGCGGCUCUCUCUCGGGGAGGGGGAACUGCAGCACUGUGCGAGUUGACUCCAAACCCUGGGGGGGACCAUACAGACUCAGAAAUGUUGAUGACAGAGAGAGGUGGCCCACCAAGUUCUUCAAUCAGACUUGCCGAUGCAAUGGUAACUUUGCUGGCUAUAACUGCGGUCAGUGUAAAUUUGGUUGGACCGGUCCAAACUGUGACCAGAGAAAAGCUCCUGUGGUGCGGAAGAACAUCCACUCACUUACCAGUGAGGAACUCCAGGAGUUCCUGGAUGUUCUGGAUCUGGCUAAGAAGACCAUUCACCCAGAUUACAUGAUUGCCACACAGCAUUGGCUGGGCUUGCUAGGACCAAAUGGGACUGAGCCACAGUUUGCUAACAUUUCAAUCUACGACUUCUUCGUCUGGCAACAUUACUACUCAGUCAGAGACACUCUUUUAGGUCCAGGUCGCCCAUUCAAAGCCAUAGAUUUCUCACACAAAGGUCCAGCAUUCAUUACCUGGCACAGGUACCACCUUCUGAGCUUGGAAAGAGAGCUUCAAAGACUGACGGGUAAUGAUAACUUUGCGAUUCCUUACUGGAACUUUGCCACAGGACAGAGUGAGUGUGAUGUGUGUACAGACUCUCUGCUUGGAGGCAGGAACCCAGACAACCCUUUCCUCAUCAGUAACCAGUCCAGAUUCUCCAGAUGGGGGGUGGUGUGCAACAGUUUGGACGAUUACAACCGGCUGGUGACUCUUUGCAAUGGCACAAAUGAGGGAUUUAUUCAGAGAGGGAUGGCAGUGAGAACCAACGCGUCUCUGCCUACAAUGACUGAUGUCAGAAGCUGUUUAGGAAUCAGAGACUUUGACAGCCCUCCCUAUUUCACCAACUCCUCCUUUAGCUUCAGAAACGCACUUGAAGGGUAUGAAAGGCCAGAUGGAGAAUUGGAUGAUACAGUGAACAACCUUCACAACCUCGUUCAUGCUUUGCUCAAUGGAACCAGCGGUUUGUCCCACUCUGCAGCCAAUGAUCCCAUCUUUCUGGUUCUCCAUUCUUUUACCGAUGCCAUUUUUGACGAAUGGAUGCGCAGAUUUGUUCCAUCCAACGCCACCUACCCGGAUGAGAUGGCCCCUAUUGGUCACAACAGGGACUACAACAUGGUUCCUUUUUUCCCUCCAGUCACUAACGAGGAGAUCUAUGUCACAUCGGAUCAGCUGGGAUAUUCCUAUGCCAUUUCCCUUGAUGAUGCAGAUGAAGCAUCUGUGUUUGUCCUGGGUUCCACGUUGGGAGGUGUCUUUGUUGGCCUGCUGGUGCUUCUUCUUAUCUUUGUGUUCUACCUGCGUCAGCGGAAAAACAGAGGCUUUGAACCACUGAUAAGAGCAGAUUUCACAAAUAGGAAGUAUACAGAGGAGGCAUAGCUUCCGCCUGUUGUUCCAAAAUGCACCCCAGUGCUCAAACCUACCUCGGAGCAAUGGAGCUGUCAGUCUAUGCCAGAAAAUUACUGAUCCUACAACCGAAUGAAAAACCUCCUCCUAGAUAUUAAGUCUAACCAUAGAAGAACGUUUCUCUGAAUAAUCUACAGUGCCUUGCAAAAGUAUUCAUAUGCUUUGAACAUUUUUUGGAUUUCAUAAUUCUACAAUCAAAUUUUUAAAAAAGCUUAGUUUUGUGGCAUAAACAAACACAAAGUAGUCCCAGACUGAAAUUGACAGAAUAGGAUGCAUAUUUGCUGAAUUUACUUCGAUUAAAACCAUUCCAUUCUAUCUCUGGCUGUAUGUUUAAUGUUGUCCUUCCGGACAACCUUGAGUCUUUGGCAGCCUUUUUACAGAUUUUUCUUUUCAGGAUUUAGCCAUGCACAUAUCCCCAUCAACUCUAAGCGUUCCCGUUUAUUCUAAAUAAAAGCAUCUCCACAGUAUGAUACUACUACCACCAUGUUUUAACAAGUCAAAAAAAAAAUAAAAAAAUAAAA